AAGAUACUUCAAGUUUUUCAACUAUCACUGAAGGGUUAACAACAAUGCUUAUUGAGUUCAAAGCUAAUCAAGAAAAACAAAACCUAGAUUGUAAACUCGAUCAAAUAGCAAAAAAGAUAAGUGAAAAAAUAAAUAAGGACUUAGAAACCAUAGAUAAUGAUAUAAUUAGAUUAAUGAAUAAAUUUCUUGGUGAUAUUAUAAAGAAAGUAAAAGUUCUACGUGAAAGAAUUCAUAUAAAAAUUAAUCAGCAUUUAGAAUGGGCUAAAAAGAAAAAAGAAAGAAAAUUGAGUAUUGCUAAAAAUAUCAGACGUACUUAUAUAUACAAUUUAGGUAAAACUCCUGCAGCACCCCAUAAUAGAGAUGUCACUGAAGCAUAUGUAAAGUUUUUUCAGCAGGAACUAAAGGAUAAUCCAAACGCUU